CCGCGCGCCGCUUCCGGCGCGUCCCGGCGCUGCGGCCGGCGCCAUGUCGGUGUUCCACGAUGAGGUGGAGAUCGAGGACUUCGAGUACGAUGAGGAGACCGAGACCUACAGCUACCCGUGCCCCUGCGGGGACCGCUUCCUCAUCACCCGGGAGGACCUGGAGAACGGCGAGGACGUGGCCACCUGCCCCAGCUGCUCCCUGAUCCUGCGCGUCAUUUACGACCAGGAGCAGUUCAUGCGUGAUGAAGUCGUUGCAGAACCACUGACAAACAAGGAAUUGAUAAAGUGCUGACGAACACAUCAUGAACUGCUACUGCUUUAGCAUAACAAAAUACAGGGAUGGCAACUUCGGAAAGAGACAUGGUCCUGCUCCUGGAAGUGCUCGCUGCUGUGAGAUAAAAGUGCAAUAACUGGCUCUCUUCAUAAUUUGAAUAAGAAUUUGCUGGGACAUAAAGCACGUGAAUGGUUUUUGUUCAAAGGGGGUUUACAUUUUAAAAUUGUAUGAGUUGCCAUAGGUAUUCCGGAAGACUUGAGGAUUGUGAUUGAAUUAUGACAGCAAAUCAAUAUAUAGAAGUGUGCGGGGUUGUGAAAUCACAACAUUUGCCUAGCAGUGGCUUCUUAGCCUGUGGAGGAAAGAAGAGUUUGUGUGGGCAUAUACCAGUGUGAAGUGGUGCAGAGAGCUGAAAUCCUGGGAAACAAAACUUAGAAGUCCAUAGGAUGUGAUGCCAUACCGAAUUACCACUUUGACACAGCGUGGUAGCACCCAGGAUGUGGGCUCGUACUUGAACUCAAAGUGGACUGUAAUGUGCCCUUAUUUUCUCAACAACUUUGUGAUUUGACUGUCGCAGCAAAUACAAAUGGGGCUGCAGUUCUUUGUGCCAUUUGUAGUAGUGCAUUUACUAAAUUCCUUUGUGAGGUUCUGUGAUCUCCUGGAUGGGAGAUGCACCCACUUCAGCGAUAAAAAGGAGUUUUUUAGGGUAAAAAGGAGUUGGAAAAAUAUACUCCAAAGUAUAUUGACACCAAGACCACUUCAAGCCACUGCAUUUAAAUAUUUAUUUAAAAUUACGGUCAUUCAUAUGUUUUAGUAGGAUUUGACAUCUGUGAAGUGAAAUUUGGGGAAAAUACUUGUGCAGAUUUAUAUAGUUAUUUUUGCUCCAGGCACUAAAGAUAAACAAGACUUACUAAUUUCUGGUGUUUAAUUAUUUUUGUUCUUUCAACGUUCUGUGAAUGUCGAAGAUGAACAGUCUAAUUUUUUAUUUUUUUUUAAAGAGGGGGGAGAAAAUAAAACUACACCCUUCAGGUGGAAGUGCACAACCCAGAGUGUUUUCAUGCUUAAACCAGGAGGUGGCACUCACGUUACUUUGGUAUCUGUGCUUCAAAAAAAACCCAAACAGCUGUGGUACUCUGGUUAGCUAUCUCUUACCAAAUAUUUAUUUUGUCUAUUUAAAUAAAGAUAUUUAAGACUCCACCAGCGGUUAUAAUGGACCAUUGCUUAUUCUGUUUGUGCACCAACCGCAGUGAUUUCCAGAGGUGUUGAGUUGCUGCUGUGGUAAUGAUUCAUGGACUCUGUGAUUGUGUGAUACUGGAAUUUCUUCAGGUUAGUUAAUAAAGUGUUUCAGUCUAUUAAUAGAUGCUAUAAAGCAAAUUUACAGGAACCCUAUUUAAUCUCUAUUCAAAUUUCUAUUGCAUGAAUAUAUUAAGGAUUUUUGCACAAGUAUUCUACAUAAAACUGAGUAAGUUUCAAAUGAGACAUCAGGGAAUUUCUACUCUGACGUAACUACAUCAAAAGAAAUUGCAAGGUUUAGCAUCUCUAAAGGUGCCUGGAUUUUACAGAAGUAAGUUGGCUGGAUUUAAUGUUUAUAAUGAAGGUAAGGCACUGUCAUAAAGACUCUUACGAAACUUGCAUAGAGAUGCAUUUAUACGCCAUAAUGUUGAAUUCCCACCUGGUUGUAAAAAGUGUUUAUCAGUUGAAUUUUACUUGGCAUGUGCUAAUAGAAGCUUUGAAGUGAUUCUCUGUAGUGUUCCCUACUCGUCUAAAAUACAGGUAGUAGCUUUUUAAGCAGUAAUUUUAGCAGAAUUAGUUACUUCAUAACAUCAGUUGGGACUGUCAGUGCUUAAAGUUCAUGAUAAGCGUGCUCUUCGCAAGUAUGAAUAGGAUCCAAGUUGUAUAAUGCAAUAUACAUGCACAUUAAAAUUAUUUGGUUACAUAGUAUAUAUCAAAGCUUUUGUAAGUAUGCGUUAUGUUUGCUUUUCUGGAGCUUUUUUACAGCAUAACAACAGAAAAGUAUUGUGGCGAUGCUGUUAGGAAAGGAUGUCGCCACAUCUGCCCACAUAAAUUGCUUCCAACUCAGUCUCAUUGCAGCAUCUUGAGAAUCUCAAGACAGUAGUUGCUGUCCCCCCCCAAAAAAGGAGGCAAAAUGAGGAUGGAUGUCAUGUAUCUCUCUUCUUGUUGCUGUUUGGGAAUCUGAGAUGUUUAAAAACUGUUGAACUGUUUUGUUGCUUUCCCUGCUGCUCAGAAAGGAGUGGAAUUCUGUAGCAACAGAGUUCGUGAGAGCUCAGUGAUGUUAAAGCCAAAGAGCUGCCCACUUUUGUCUUUUGUUAACUUGUGAGAAGCUUUUGACUCCAGUGACCACAGUCAGCUUUAUAGAAAAUUCCAUACUGUAUAAUUCCAAAACACCAGUCAGGGCAAUCCAAGGAACUCGUCAGAAAUGUUCCUCUUGUGGAAUUUAGUCACAAGGUUUCUUCACAGCACCACAGGCAGCAUGCAGGCCCCUUAUGCAUUACUUGUGUAUUGCAUGUUCUUGAGAGCAAUGGUUCACUUGUUUUCUAAAAAGGCAAUUGUGUAGGACACAAAGAAGUCUUUUGCUUGCUGUUUGUAUCUGACAAGCAGGUUGAUUGAUUAUGUAUUUGAUUAGGUCCUUGACUCUGCGCAGAGGAGUCUAGUGUGAUGAAAACAAUAUCACAUGAAUGUUAAUGGAGUAAGUUGUGUUUACUAGAGAUUAGAGAGGGUGGAACAACUUAUGAUCAAUUUCAGAUACUUAAGCUCUAAAAUUGCCAAUGCUGUUAAACAACACUAAACUCCCAGAUAAUUUUGAAAACAAGUAAUAAACUGGCAACGAUUUCAUGAGAAGAAAUGGAAUUUGCUCUUCAUUAAUCUAAAGAGGCUCUGCUUCUCCGAGCAGUCAGAUUCUUUGCAUUUCAAAGAAACUUGCUGAGAAGGUCAUGUACUUUUGUCUCAUUGUGCCUGUAUGUCAGUGGCAUACAUGAUUAGUCUUGAAUAGUUGCUCGAGAAGUCAUGACAGAGACCCUGGACCUCCAAGAGCUGAGGUCAUUAGGCCACCAACUUCAGAUGUGGCACUUGUUCCAUUUGUCUGUAUGCGGGGGAAGUCAUGAUGUUCUGAAGGACCCUGAUGUAAAUACCUUGACAGUUCUUCCCUCCAUCGCCACUUUUAAUUUUGAUUCUCAGCACCAAUCAAAAAGAAGAUGUUCUUUGAGGAGCAUGUAAUAAAUCUAUAAUCAAUGUAAUACAGAUCAUUACAUAGAUUACUGAGUCUAUUCACCAAGAAGCAGAUACUGAUUGACUUCAAAUAAACCACCAAGAUUCCAGUUAAGAAAGUGAACUGACAACUAUGUAUUGUCACGUAAGAAAAACAGUUUCCACAUUUCCAUCUCUCCUCUAUUCCAGUUUAAUGUUCAGAUCAGGCUAACUGUAGGGACAGGUAUUUGUUACCCUGAAAACUUCUUGAAAUGUUUUUACAAAUAGGAUUUAUGAAGAUAUUUAGUGUAGUAACAAAUGUUUGCUGCGAUUUUGUCCCAGUAUAGUUGCUUGUGGAUUGCUUUAUCUUUAUAGUUAGCUAGGUCAUAGCUUUGAUUCUGCUUCAUGGUAACUUAAGAUGCUGAUUUCUUAAUGUCUCUCCAUAGUAGCUGUGGCAUGGAGGAGACAGGGAGGCUCCUGUGUAACGUUGAAGGUGCUGGGCUCACUUGUCAAACCUUAUGAGUGACAGAGGCAACGAGUGACAGCCGCUGUGCUGAGCUGGAAAACAGCUGUCAGUGUCACCUGCAGCAUGGGAGGAAGUGUGUCAAAAGGGACUAGUUGAAAGGGUAAAGCUUAAGUGACCUGCCAUCGCUCUUUCCCACCCCUUGCCUUCACCAUCUCCAUCUGUUUGCAUGCCAGGUCACCUCUCCAGAAUUCUUGGCAGCUCACCGCUCCACGCAGGCUUCCUGUCACAUGGGAGAUCACUGCCGUGCUGCUUACCCUGCGGCUGGGCACAGCCACCCAGGAGAAGCUCGCUCUGAAGGCUCGGGGUGCUCCAAGGUCAGCAGCAGCGCUGCCCCAGCCAGCAGUGCCGUCAUCCAGCCGAGCAGGCAGGCACCGUAGCUACUGUAAGAAUUGCCUCUCUAAAAUACCCAACUGGUAUUUUCUACAUUAGGUUAUGUGCUGCAGCAUGCAAAUCUGGCCCUUUAACCAGGUGAAGCAGAAGGUGGGGCUCUCGGAGUUCUUUAGAGUGCUCUUCCUCCGAGUUUUAUCUUUUUUCUUGAGGCAAAAGCUUGAUCACAGUGUCCACCGACAUGCUCUGAGGCAGAAAUAGCCCUCCGAGCCCUUUCUCUUCACUUUCAAUGUUUGCCCUCAUUUUUGGUGUUCUUUGGGGAGGGGAAGAGCUCUGCUGGUAUAUGGUGAUCUAAGGGAAUAAUUUGAAA